AUUUUGCAUCUCAACGCUACUCUAAAUUGCUAACAUGGUACAGCGUUUCUGUGCAUAACACUAAGUUUAAUAAACGUUUACUUUACAUCUAUUAUUUAAUCUUAUGUAUAGAGACUUUUUUAGUUUCGGCAGAAAACCAGAAUGGGAGAUGAAACAAUGAAUAAUUUUUGUUUGUUUGUUUGGCUCAUUGACCCGACGUCUUCGUUCCGUCAUAUCCGCCACAUGAAAUUAAAAAAAAAAUGUGUCAGUCACUGCACUAGUGACUUAGCUAUAGUCAGGCCGCGACAAUUGGUCCGGGCGUGUUAGUUUAUAUUAUAAGAAAGCUUAUAAGAGAGAAGAUGUACCGAAGGACUGGCAAUUGCAUCUGGCUACCUAACUCCACGCUGCUGGCGCUGAUCACGGACAACAUUGGUGACAAGACUCGAAGAUACACAGGCCAGUUUACGUUCUGUGGCUGGGGUGGGGAGAUUCCGCCAUAACAGGGCACCAGGCUGAGCAUCUUAAAAGCAGAAUUGAAAGGUUGAAAGCAAAGGUUGAUGCGGUCAGCCUUAAUGUGGCCCGAGCUGCUGGGACCCUGAACAACAUGGCGGACACAGGGCUUCCUAAACCCCUGGUUGUUCCAGCACUCCUUCCGACAUCCAGUACAACGCCAGCGCCAGGACCGUGCCAGGUUGGAGACGGGGCAUCCUACCGAGGAACAGUCUCUGUGACCCAAACAGGCAAGACGUGUCAGCGCUGGGACAGUCAGACACCACAUUGGUCCUACAACACACCUGAAAAUCACCCGUCAUCCGGACUGGUGGAGAACUACUGCCGGAAUCCGGACGGCGAUCUUCGAGUUUGGUGCUACACAACGGAUCCCGAUGAGAGAUGGGACUAUUGUGACGUGCCAGUCUGUAAACCAUGCCAGGUUGGAGACGGGGCGUCCUACCGAGGAACAGUCGCUGUGACCCAAACAGGCAAGACGUGUCAGCGCUGGGACAGUCAGACACCACAUUGGUCCUACAACACACCUGAAAAUCACCCGUCAUCCGGACUGGUGGAGAACUACUGCCGGAAUCCGGACGGCGAUCUCCGAGUUUGGUGCUACACCACGGACCCCGAUGAGAGAUGGGACUAUUGUGACGUGCCAGUCUGUGGUAUGCCCUGAAUCUGUAAACUGAUGUGUUAGCCAAUGUUUCAUUCUUCUUUGUGAAUCGUUUCCAUUUAUCUACAUGUGUUACUACAUAGGUUUAUUUACACCCAAGCGUGAAGAUACAUAGAGACAUAUAAGUGUAUUCUCACAUGUUUACUAUUCAUCAACCUCGUUUCAUAUGGAUAUGGUCACUACAUUACUCAUAACAAUGGCAUGGUGAUUGUACUGCCUUUCAGACUAUUCAUGUACAGUUGCCAUGAAAGUCAGCGUUCCUGUUACUUUGUUGUACAGGUCAUUAAGCUGCACGUUCAGUAAGAUAUAUUAUCUCUAUCAUCUAGGAAGAUAGUAUUAGGUAUUCCUCACGCUUUCUGAUGGCUGAGAUUAUUAGUAAUGACCAAGAAUAUAACAAUAAGUUCAAUGAUAAUGAUAUUUUACGAUAACCUCUGCCAAGAUGGUUCUGUUUGAUAGAUAUUUGUUUCUUGGUUUGCUAUUUUAAUCAUAACUGACCUAGCAAAGGGAUCAAAGUCUCAUAUACACUUUUUCUUAGUUCACGAUUCUCUAGUACUACUAUAUCGUCUGGAAAGUUUGGUCUCUUUCACCAAUGUAUGAUCAGGGCACUUAUAUGUAUAAUGUACAAAUAUGAUAAUCAAUUAACCAAGUGUACCAUUUUUUUUAAAUAUCAAGACAAAAAGCAUGGUAUUUUAAGGCAUCUAAGUAACAUUGCCUAUUCUCCAAGCAGAGGUUGAGUCGGAGAUAUAAAUAGUAGUAGUCAGGCUUUUUACCGGCUCGCUCCUCGCGCCCAAUCAAAAUUGUUCACACGUAUAUUCCGCUGUGAUUUCCAUACCAUGUAUGUGAACUAUUUCAUGUGACUAACAAGUAAAGGCUAAUGUGAAAAUGGUUUCUUUUUUUCAAAAUGCAAAAAUGUUACUUUGCAUUCUGUAAAAUAAGGGAAACCAUUUUCACAAUAGCCGCUUCUUGUUAGUCACAUGCAAUAUUUCAUAUACACUGACCGUGGGUUUGUAGAAAAACGUAUUCCUCUUUCCAGUCAUUUGACACCUAGUUUUGCACAGAUGACCGUAGAUGACCCUACCGUGGGAACUGACGGAGAAAACAAAUUAUGUACCCUUUAGCCACCAUUUUAUUAGCAGAAAAAGCUACUCCACUGGCCAAAGAGGGGUGCAAGGUUAUGUAAACAUGGCUGCGAAAUGAAAUACCUCGACCUUCUUCAAAUUAGGGAUGAAAGUUCUUUACAAUUACAUAUUCUCAUAAUGACGUAUAUGCAAAUGUAACUUUAAGCCUAUAACUUGUUUAAGUGUGAAUGAUGUCAAACCGAUUGCUUAACUUAGUUUACACUUUUUAACCGCUCAACCCAAGGUUAACAAACAAUGCACAGAUUAUUUAGUUAUCGUUCAGAAUGUAAUGAGAUAACUAGUGCUUUUACCUGUUGGUAGAUUUUUUUUAAGAACAACAACUUCAGAUUUGCGCUUUUACGAACCAGAGAACUUCUUGCAUGCCGCAGUUGACGUAAGCCUCAAGAGGUCCCUUAUCAGAAAACGUCUUGAAAAAAUAAGAGCAAAGUGAAGUACUACAGAUAAUCAAGGAUGGGAGUCCUUUCUUCAUUGUCUUGGAAGCCUUGUCUCUAUCACGUAUGAUGAAUAAUGAUGACACGUGUAUGUGUAAUAUAAUAGUAUGACAUUAGUUGUUUAUUUGAAGCAUAAAACACGGGUAGCAAUGCGGCUAUCAUUCAUCUAAUUUGUACAAUUUUCAAGUUUUCCACGUGGUACGCAACAUUGCAAAUAUAAGCUCUUAUAUAUUUUAUAUGAUUUUCAUGUUAUCGAUGUGAAAUGUGACUUAUACACAAGUGAAGAGCAAUGUGAGAAAGGUUCUCUUUGUUAAUUAAAAAUACAGACUAAUAUUCAUGUGCCAUUUGUAUACACAACAAGAGCUUUGAAAGCUAUGUCCCGUAUUUUUUUUUUUACUUAGAGUUCACCGCAAAACGAGGCUCGCGGAACCACUCAAGCGUUUUGGGUUACAAUACUGUAUUAUGAAGAAAGAUGUGUGUUAACCCUUGACUUAAAAAGUUUCAGAUUGUACACCAUGGGGAAGCAAGAACGUGGAAGCUUAUUUCAUAGCGAUGUUGUUCUAGGAAAAAAAACUCUGAGCGUGGAACUUCCUCCUUUAUCUGCUACUUAAAGGAUCGGCUUUACUGACAUCUGAUAUAAAUUCCCAAAUUCUCUCCAUAACUCAAUCAUGUUUAUCCGAAACAAAACGAUUUUAAAAUUGCUUUUUGACUAUCCUUAUCAUUUACUAUUGGUAACGUUAACAUAAGUUUAUCCGUCCGUUUCUUUUUAGAAUUAGGCGUUCCCGUACCCGUUGUGUUGUUAUUUUGUCUAGUGGUGUCUUUGAUAUAAGCCUGUGUGCUUGAGUGGGGGCACCACUAUGUUUGUACUGUAUUAA